AUGUCACCAGCAACGACAGAAAAUCAGACCAAUGCCCUUCGUGGCAUGGAGAAGGCAGGAACAGUUAUUAUCGCCGACACAGCUGACUUCAGCACCAUCGCACGCUUCAAACCCUCAGAAGGCACCACAAACCCAUCUCUAUUGUACUUCGCCGCACAGCAACCUGCCUACGCCGAACUUGUCAACAGCACAAUCCAAUAUGCUCGCAACUUGCCAACCGACAUCGUCUCCGCAGAAGACGCUCGCGUAGAACGCGCAGUAGAGUAUCUCGGCGUCCUCUUCGGUACAGAAAUCUACCAUCUCACCGGCCGCGUCUCCACCGAAGUCGACGUCCGACACUCCUUCAACACAUCAGAAACCAUUAAAGCCGCUCUCCGCAUCAUUGAACUGUACAAAGCCCAGGGGGUCCCCAAGGAGGCUGUUCGUAUCAAAAUCAGCGCUACCUGGGAAGGGAUCCAAGCUGGUCGAAUCCUGGAGCGGGAACAUGGCGUCAGUGUUCUGAUUACUAUUGUUUUUGGCAUGGUUCAAGCCAUCACUGCUGCAGAGGCCGGCGUGACUUGUAUUGCGCCGUAUGUUGGCCGGAUUGGUGACUGGUUCCGCGCUCAUCAGACAUCACCCUCUGAUUCAGCGGAGUCAGCAGAGGAUAUGGGUGUGACGCGAGUAAGGCAGAUGCAGAAUUAUUUGCGCAAGUAUAACCAUCGCACGCAUGUUAUGGGUGCUAGUUUCCGUAAUACGGAACAGGUCAAGGCGCUUGCGGGUGUUGAUUUGUUGACUAUUGCGCCGUCUAUUCUGGAGAACUUGGAGAGUGAUUCGGGGGAAGUCGUUCCUCAAGUGACCACUAAUACCGCGCAAGAGACGGAUCUUCCUCAAGUGUCUUACAUCAAUGACGAGAACGCCUUCCGUUGGGCCUUUAAUAAUGAUUCCUGUGCAGUUGAGAAGUCGGCCGACGCUAUGCGGCGCUUUGCAGAUGAUACUGAACGUCUUAAGGUGUUCUUGGCUGCGAAGUUAAUACAGUAG